AUGGCUUCAAAGGUGUCAUGCUUAUACGUCUUGACGGUAGUUUGUUGGGCAAGCGCUCUCUGGUAUUUAAGUAUAACUCGUCCUACUUCUUCCUACACUGGCCACAGACAGCUCAGUAGCAUAUCCAUAGCCAGAAAAAAUGUUUCCUUUGGCAACAUAAGAACUCGACCUAUAAAUCCACAUUCCUUUGAGUUUCUUAUCAAUGAACCCAACAAAUGUGAGAAGAGCAUCCCUUUCUUGGUCAUUCUUAUCAGCACAACUCACAAAGAGUUUGAUGCAAGGCAAGCCAUUCGAGAAACGUGGGGAGAUGAAAACAACUUUAAAGGUAUCAAAAUCGCCACACUAUUUCUUCUUGGAAAAAAUGCAGAUCCAGUGUUAAAUCAAAUGGUAGAGCAAGAAAGCCAAAUUUUUCACGACAUUAUUGUGGAGGAUUUUAUUGACUCUUACCAUAACCUUACUCUGAAAACAUUGAUGGGGAUGAGGUGGGUAGCAACGUUUUGUUCAAAAGCAAAGUACGUUAUGAAGACAGACAGUGAUAUUUUUGUAAAUAUGGAUAAUCUUAUUUAUAAGCUGCUCAAACCUAACACCAAACCAAGGAGAAGGUAUUUCACUGGUUACGUUAUAAAUGGAGGGCCAAUAAGAGAUGUUCGCAGUAAGUGGUACAUGCCGAGAGAUUUGUAUCCGGACAGCAAUUACCCACCCUUCUGUUCAGGUACAGGCUACAUUUUUUCAGCUGACGUAGCAGAACUGAUUUACAAAACCUCCCUUCAUACCAGACUUCUUCAUCUUGAAGAUGUGUACGUCGGACUCUGUCUUCGGAAGCUGGGCAUUCACCCUUUCCAAAACAGUGGCUUCAAUCACUGGAAAAUGGCCUACAGCUUGUGCAGGUACCGCAGGGUGAUCACAGUGCACCAGAUAACACCAGAAGAAAUGCACAGAAUUUGGAAUGACAUGUCCAGCAAGAAACAUCUUAGAUGCUAAGAUUUUUAUGGAUGUAAAUAC